CAGCAGCAGCGCCAUGGCUGGGAAAAGCGGCUACGGCUACUACCGGGUCAUCAUAUUUGGCGCCAUGUACGUGGGCUACACCCUGUACUACUUCAACAGGAAGACCUUCUCGUUUGUGAUGCCCUCGAUCAUGGAGGAGAUAGACCUGGACAAAGAUGACCUCGGUCUGAUCACCAGCAGCCAGUCUGCAGCCUACGCCAUUAGUAAAUUCAUCAGCGGCGUCCUUUCUGACCAGAUGAGCGCCCGCUGGCUCUUCUCCUCCGGCCUCCUGCUCGUGGGUGUUGUCAAUGUGGUUUUCUCCUGGAGCUCAACGGUGCCCGUCUUUGCAGGGCUGUGGUUCCUCAAUGGGCUUGCCCAGGGCCUCGGCUGGCCCCCCUGCGGAAAGGUGCUCCGCAAGUGGUUUGAACCUUCCCAGUUUGGGACUUGGUGGGCAGUGCUCUCCACCAGUAUGAACCUGGCUGGAGGGCUGGGCCCCAUUGUGGCUGCUCUGAUGGCCCUGAGCUACGACUGGCGGACGACCCUGGCUCUCUCCGGCUCAGUCUGCCUGGCUGCCUCCUUUGUGUGCUUGCUUCUAAUUAAGAACGAGCCCUCUGAUGUGGGGCUGCCCAACAUCGAGCCAGGGCCCAAGAAAGGGAAAAAGGGCUCCUCAUCAGAUGCCAGCACCCUGGCCGAGCUGCUGCUGUCUCCGUACCUUUGGGUCCUGUCAACUGGCUAUCUGGUGGUCUUUGGUGUGAAGACGUGCUGCACGGACUGGGGGCAGCUGUUUCUCAUUCAGGAGAGAGGGCAGUCAACACUUGUAGGAAGCUCAUACAUGAGUGCGUUGGAAGUCGGGGGCCUGGUUGGCAGCAUUGCAGCUGGCUACCUUUCGGACAGAGCUGUGGCCCGGGUGGGUCUGUCGCUGUAUGGGAACCCUCGGCACGCGCUUCUUCUCACCAUGAUGGCAGGAAUGUCUGCUUCCAUGUACCUCUUCCGGGUCACGGUCACAGGCACCUCUCCUCAGGAAAGCAGCUCUUGGAUUCUAGCCUUCCACCCUCUUGCUAUCCUUGUGGGCUUAACAGAACAUGAGUUGUGGAUCCUGAUACUAGGAGCCGUCUUCGGAUUUUGCUCUUAUGGACCAAUUGCAUUGUUUGGCGUGAUAGCCAAUGAAAGUGCCCCAUCCAACCUGUGCGGAACAUCUCACGCCAUUGUUGCACUAAUGGCCAACGUGGGAGGCUUCCUGGCCGGACUGCCCUUCAGCACCAUCGCCAAGCAUUACAGCUGGGGAACGGCCUUCUGGGUAGCAGAAAUGACGUGCUCUGCCAGCACAGUGGCCUUUUUCUUCUUGAGGAAUAUUCGCACCAAGAUGGGUCGUGUGCCAAAGAAGGUGGACUGAAGCCCAGGAGUGACGUCGCCCAGGAUGAUGAUCCCGUUGUCCCCACAGGACUGGCAGGGCAGAAUUCAGCUUUGGUGCUGCAGGCCUCAGCCUUUUAAUGACAUACUUGGCAAAGUCCCACCACACCCGUGGGGCUUGCAUUAUUCAUCUUAGAUGGAUCUGAUUAACCAACCCUGGCAAUGCCAAGGUGUGGCAGGCACCACUGUUGGAUGUCCAGAACUGACCUCUGCUCCCUUUUAUGUUUUCACAGCAGGAACAGUGGUAGCUGAACAGAACUGCCCCCUGCCCCACCUGCCAGGUACAUCUGGCUUGCAGGGGAAGUUGGCUUGCUGAAUGUGUCUUGUUUUCCAAGACUGCCUGCAUGCUUCGGAGAAAUGUAACGGAGCUAAGGGCAGGAUUUUUUAAAACGUCUAGUACUAGCACAGAGUAUGACGGCUACAGCUGCCAGAUAUUUGCAUGCUAGGCAGUAUUUGAAGUACAGCUACUGUUGUCAGUCUCUCUUCCUCCCCUGACUCUUGAUCUUCCUGCUAGUGAAUCAAUGCAGCACUGAGUGGUAUUGCAGAAACCGUUAGGAGCAAAUCUUGCACUGAGGACUGAUAUGAUUCAAAAUCAGUUUGCUGUAAUUAAGUAUCCAGUGACCAAUAAACCCUGCAACAGGC